UCUCUAUCUCAUCUCUUUAUCUGUUUGUUUUCUUAUUUAUCUGCCAAGUUUUUUUAUAUAUAUGUAAUUCUUGGUCUUAAUAAAUAACCAUGGAGAAGAGCAAGCAGAUAAAAUAUUCAUGGAACUACAAGAGUAGUUCCCAGAGUUGUGGAGAAGAUUAUGUAGGUGGAUUUUCAUGGCCACCAAGAUCAUACACGUGUAGUUUUUGCAAAAGAGAAUUCAGAUCUGCACAAGCACUUGGGGGUCACAUGAAUGUUCAUAGAAGAGACAGAGCCAGGUUAAGACAGUCACCGCCACCACUUCCCAAAGAUGGUCAGUGCUCCAUUCUUAACCUUAGCAUGAACCCUAACCCUAAUGUUAAUAACUCUUCUUCGGCUCCUCUUUCUGCUUUAUCUUCACCAUCUUUUGCUUCUAACCCAUUUUAUGAACCUUUAAGCCCCAAAACCUCUGAUUUAACAAAAUCAAAAACCAGAAAAUCUUGUCUUGAUGGUGGAGAAUUUGAUGGGGUUUCACAAGAAGAUGGGUGCAAUAAGUUGUUGAAGAAAGCUGAGAUUUUAAGGUUAGAUUUGGAGAUUGGCCUUCUUAGUGAUUCCAAAGAUGAACUGGAUUUGGAACUUCGAUUAGGUCACUCUUAGAUUAGAGUAAUUAUUUAAGCUAAAUUGCAUUUCUUAAGUUGGAAGCUUAUAUUUAGAUUGCUGCACCAGGUCAUGAUCAAAUACUAUAAACGGCAAAAUCUUUUAGAUUUUAUUGUACCAAAGGUGUUCAUGCUAUAAUCCCAUGUAGAAACAAUGUAUUAAUUUCUACUACUUUUGGAAUGUAAUUAAUUUUCUGCAA